GGAAAGAUCAAGCUCUGGAAAUCGAUUCGAAGAUAGGUAAGCUGCGUAAGCACUGCACAACGUUCGCGACCGGUUACGUGGAAGAAGACGCAUCGAAACAGAAUUCUGUGCGAGAAAAACUAACGGCCGCCGGGCACGAACUGCGCCAUACCAUAACCGACUGUGACAGGUUGGUUGAACAAACGCACGCAUUGUUUACUCUGCUGACAGAAGCUGAUAAAGUAGCCGACGAAAUAUACGAUAGCGUAAUCAAAUUGUACCUCGAGCAAGGAGUAAAGGUGCCACCGAUAGACUUAGAUACCAUUGCGGUCGGAUUUCCCAUCGACCUGCUCCCGUUGCCGGAAACGAGCUCAGCAUUGAACCGGUCUGGAGGAAGUGUUACUGAAAACGAAGAACCAGAAGAGGAACACACCACCGACGACAGUGAGAUUCUAGCGGAAGAUUUUGAGGCUGACGUGCACAUUUCUCGAUUGCCCGGCGAAGAUAGCCUUGCGCCGGAAACGCCGAUGAUCAAAAGUCGAAAGAGAUUAUUUUAGCUAUUUGCUGUUUCCUGCAAGAUAAGAUAGUGCCAUGGCCACUAUACCAGCAGUGACGAGAAUUUCGCCGCGCUUGAUUCGUAUUUUGGGUUGCAACCCUGGCCCAAUGACUCUGCAAGGAACGAAUACUUAUCUGAUUGGAAAUGGUAAAAACCGCAUCUUGCUAGACACGGGGGAUGCUGGGGUGAAAGAGUACAUAUCGCAUCUUCAGAAGGUAAUUUUGGACGAACGGAUUAAAAUAAAUGACAUAAUAGUAUCCCAUUGGCAUCACGACCAUGUUGGUGGCGUAGAUGAGGUGCUCGAAAUGAUCGAGAAUAAAGAGACAUGCAACGUGUGGAAAUUUCCCAGAUCAGACGCACCGGAACCGGAAGUGAGGAAUGCCAAAUUUAAGGAAUUGAAAGACGGACAAAUAUUCACUACGGAAGGAGCCACUCUCAAAGUGGUGCACACACCUGGUCAUACGACGGAUCACGUCGUGUUGGUGCUGGAGGAGGAUAAUUCUCUUUUCAGCGCCGAUUGUAUUCUAGGCGAAGGAACGACGGUAUUCGAGGAUUUGUACCUUUACAUGAAAAGUUUAGAAAUUAUUCUGAACGCAAAUCCAUCCACCAUUUACCCCGGACACGGCAAUAUCAUUGAUAAUCCCACCGCAAAGAUAACGGAAUACAUCAACCAUCGGAACCAUCGCGAAAAGCAAAUUUAUGCGGUUUUCGAAGAAAAUCCCGAUAAGCAGUUCAACGAAAUGGACAUUGUGCGGGAGGUGUACAAGGAAACGCCGGAGCAACUGUGGGCAGCCGCCGCGUACAAUGUAAAUCAUCAUCUCAAGAAGCUGACUAUCGAAGGGAAGCUGCUCGAGUGCGUCGAUAGCGAAGGUGGCAACACGUGGAAGUACGUACCGGCGGCUUCCUUGUAACGGAUUGUACAUUUUAAUGUUUCAGAAUAAACUAGGUUUUGGUUGUUAUUGCAUCUCUAA